AUGGCCGUCUUCGCGUUUCCGUUUUCCCCGUGGGCCUGGUUCAGCUGGCUUUCGGUUGCGGCUGUCACGUUGCUAGUGGUCGGUACCAGCCACCUGGUCGUUUUUCCUGUCAUAGCAUGGCAGCCUGGCGUAGAAGUGCAGCAGCCAAACGGAGCAGUGACUUCCUCUGCUAUUGGUAUUGCCGAUGGAGAUGGUGGCCAAACAAGGAUUCAGAACUCGGCAGGAGAUGCGUUGGACGUUUCCCCGUCCAUUGCAACAAAGACUUUAAUAUCCAACGCACAAGAAGCAGACACUGAAAUACCAAAUCGUCGCCUGCCUGACGUCCUCUCUUCUUACCCGCCAACAGAAGAAGGCACUUUUUCGCAGUUGGUCGAUCAUUUUUCGUUCAAAAGUGAUCGACGGUUCGAGCAGCAGUAUCUGGCUUACGACAAGUUCUGGAAGCGCAGCAGUGAGUCUGGAUUAUGAGAGAGCGGGACACCUACAAUAUUGAAUACUAUUAACAAGCAGAAAGGGCAGUGAGAAAUAUUACAGAAGUCAACUACUUACAUGACCUGACUUACGAAUUCUUGACGGAUGAAUACAUGAUUUCCAGUUACACUCCGUUGUGUGCAUACCCCCUUUGCUCUAAGGCUGGAAACUGAAAAUGGCCGAGACUUUGCUCUAUUAAGGCCGGGAGCUGAAAAUGGGGGAGAGGAGAGUGCUGAUCUUCAUGAAAAAGCUGGGCCGAUCCUUUUUUACAUGGGGAAUGAAGGUCCCAUCGAGCGGUUCUACAAUGUUACAAGCGUGUUGUUCGAUAGCAUUGCACCUAAAUUGGGAGCGCUCAUUCUGUUUGUGGAACAUCGAUGCUACGGAAAGAGCACGAUUCUACCCGAAGGAGAAAGUGACGAGAUUGGAGUCGUAGUACGAGCAGAGCCAAAAAGGGUGCGCGGUGAAGCUGUAGAAGUGGCACAAGGAGCAAGUGCAAACAAUGACUUGACAUAUCUCACCAUCGAACAGGCAUUAGCGGAUUUCGCUGCUUUCAUAGUAUGGUUUCUACGUAAGAAGGGAGCUUCAGAAUCGCCCGUAUUUUUGUUUGGCGGAAGUUAUGGGGGAAUGCUGGCAGCCUGGUUUCGGGUUAAGUAUCCCCAUCUCUCUACUGGUGCGGUGCUGUCAAGCGCACCGAUCGACUUCUAUCCGCCUUUUGCGGUUGAUUACAGUUCAGCAGGAGCAAAGAUUAGGGAUGCACAAGCAGCUGGUUAUAGGGAUCCUCAGCAUCCUUUGUGAUAUGCUCAAUCAUAAUAAAUUCAUAUGUUGUAUAUCAGGAUCAUUGGCUUUGCCUUUCAUUGUAACUAGAAGACAUGAAUCAGUAGGAUACGAUAUUUGCCUCGAAAAAGCGAGCAUCCGCCUCGAUCCCUCGGACCUUGGAGUUCUGGGAUGCAGCUAGGCACACUUUCGAGGUAUCGGGUGGAUCAGCCUGUGCUCAGCAAUUGCAGAGAGGAGUUGAUCGUCUUAGCCUGAUGAAGCCAGUGGAUGGACAUGUUCUUGGAGAUGGAGUGGGGAUGUUAACUCGACGACAAUUGGGUCUUAUCUUCAAUACGUGCGAAUCUGAGCCUGACGUAACAGCAUUGAAAUAUUUUGUCAAGGGCGCCUUAGCGUCGCUUGCGAUGGUCAACUACCCGUACCCGUGGUUCUUGACGAAACCUCUUCCAGCAAACCCUGUGCGGGCAGCAUGUGCGCAACUUGUGCCAACUUUAGCUUUGGCCCAAGGGAAAUCAGGAGCGAAGAAGCAUCAGCAGGAUGAACUGGAGCAGAAUACCAGAGUUGAGGUGGAGCACGAUGUUGUCGAAGCUGUGGAGGACCUCUUAGAAAGGCUAAACCGUGCAGUCGACGUCUACGGGGAUCCGCAGAGUUGCAAAAACACCUCAUUAGAGCUCUUGACUUCAUCCAGUCCUCUCAAUAAAACACUCAACACCGCUGAGAUGAUGCCAAACAAACCCGAUGAAUCCAUGUCCCCGUGGAACUAUCAAGCAUGCACUGAGCUGCCAAUGCAGCCCUUGACGUCGAAUCUGUUAGGUUUUUAUCCGCCUGAUACACAGAAGGACUUAGGUGUCCUCAUUGCGAACUGCCGCGAAAGAUUUGGCGUCUUUACGCGUCCAGACUCUGUUCCACUCAACUAUGGGCCCGUAAGAAUGUCACAAAAACAGGCUGACUCUGUGUCAGAAGAGGACGAGCAUUUGGAAAAUGGCGGGAGUGGUAUUCCACUGACCAACGCGAUUGUAGUGGAUGGCGAGUUGGAUCCCUGGCGCGUCGGGUCCUUUGGUGGAGGGCAAGUAUUUUCUAACAAGAACAAAAAGAACAAUAGUGGUGAAAGCAGAGCGAUGAAGGACGGUUUACUCGACGUCGCAUUCUUAGAAUCUUCAAACGUGCUCAAAAUCCGACCCGUCAAGGGCGCAGCGCACCAUCAAGAUCUGAUUGCGGAGUCACCCGCGGACUCACCCGAACUGAAGGCAGCACGCGCCUUAAUUUUAGAGACGCUACAGAAGUGGACGCGCGGUCGGCCACAAUCACGAUCAGCAUCAAGGGAAGAUGAAAAAGGAAGCAUUGGGAGUCAAAGUGACGGCAAGAGUCAGGAGGAAGACAGCUCCUCUGUCCUACACGACACUUCCGCGCGCACGAUUAAUAACGCGUCUCCAGUAAUUUUUGAAUAGGUGAUCGUUACGAGCGAGCACGAUUGAUUAACACAUGGAUGAUAGUCAUAGAGAUGGUGCUUUUCUCCUAAAUUUCGUAAGGGCGUGUGACUAGUACAAC